CUGUGUGUUCCAAGUCUUUGAUUUUACUACUAUUCUACUGUGUUGGAUCGAUAAAACUAAGCCAGGAUAUAUUGUUGUACCCGAUACGGGAUUUAAAUGUUCAGUCAUAUAUGAUGAAUAACUGUUCACUGCAUGAACCCUAGACAGAGGCUGAAUCCUCAUCAAGAUGGAGAUGUUCCAGGCUGUACGCGACACCGCGUCCACGUUUCCGUGCUUUCUCGAGGAAAGCCUGUGAUUUAUUGAUCUCCAUGGCCCUUUUCUCCAGAGCGAGCCUCUGUUCGUGCCUUGCUUCGAUGGAGGCUGGUGAAUCAUCCAUAUGCAUUGCAUCCGCAUCAAACUCGUCCGCAGAGUCAGGUAAAGUCGCCAGCGAUGAAAUGAGUAAGUCACCAACCCAGAGCGACACCAUGCCCCGCAAUUCCAGUAGCUCAGAUGAAUCAGAGUAGGGAGGUGUAGCAAGUAGCAUAUCCAUACGAGUGGCGAUCUUUUGCGCUUCCUCCAGUUCGCGUUUUCGUAUACCAGCAACGAGAAACUGUUUUUUGUUUGACGCCCGGCGAUCAAAAUCAGCCGAAGGGCUCUCGUCGCCAGAAAGCUCAUCGGAGGAAUCCUCGCUAUCGAUGAUGAUGUUACUCCUAGCCACCUGACUCUCCUCCUGGGUGACAUAGAUCCAUAGUCCAAACAUCGCAGGAUAAAAACUCAGCGCAGAUACCGCAUGGGGAGCACUUUUCGAAUAAGGAUGAUUAAGAAUUAGCCUUUCGUAGUAUUCCUUGGCUUCUUCAAAGCCGUUCUUGGUGAAUGGCAAAUCUGUCAUAUCCUGGCUGAUAGAUGGAUCGGACGAGGGGCGAGAAGCUUGCUGCGACGCUUCUUGUUGGCCGCGACGUAAUAGAAUCUCAGCCCCAAUCCCCCACCGUCCUUCAUUGCGUACGUCCAUCGAGAAGCCACGGAACUCUUCUCGUAGAAUGAGUCCCCACGCUCUUCCGGCUCGAAUGUAAUCUCCUUGGAGGAGGCACUUGUGUAGAAUGGCGGUCAAUACCGAGAGAUGCUGGAGGCGGAUAGUGCCUUGGUGUGCCGCAGACUGGGGAGGGUACACGGGGGUGGAUAGCGAGGAUAGAUCACGAAGAUGGUGGCUCAGUAGUUUCGCUUCCUUUCUAGCUUGGUCGCCCUUUGCUGGCCCGUGGGGGAAGUUCCCUCCGGGUAAUUCCUGGUCGAAAGAGAGACCGGCAAUCCGAUAUUGAUGGGACUCGUUCGGUGUCAGGAUCAGCGAGGGUCCAGCAGGGCCAGACUCUCCAGCCGACGUGGCAUCAGUCGUGUAUGCACCAUCACCCUCCUCGUCGGUCCAUUCGUCACUCUUUUUUCGCUUUCGGCGAUCAUAUUGCGCGACACGAGUGCUCGUCGGCUGCAGCCAGGAUGGCAGUGGCAGAGAAAAGGAGGAAGCCGACAGGGCAGGCGCCAUAUACUCAGUGAGGCGUGACUCCCAUGCGGGGCUGCUCGAGAACUAGAUACGCGCGAGGUGAAAAUCCCAAGCAGCCGCGAGCCUGCAAGAUUUCGGUGGAUCGGGUAGAUCGGAGAGUGGAGAUUGGGGCGAGCGCCGAAUGAGUCCCAAGGUUGGGCAGGGGCAAGGUCGACUGACUAAUUGACUCAAAGAACCGUCGAGAACCUUACAGUAGUACAGUACCUUAGCCUCUCUACUCGACAAUAGUGAGUUGGAAAAGUAAGGUUAGCCUUGUUGAACCUGAGUUAAGGCCGAUAGAGUCAUCAACCCUCGGGAAAGCAAAUCAAGCAAACACUCCGGUUCCCCCGUUAUCGCCAUUCACUAUCGCUCCCAUACGUCUUCUCCUUCUCGCCUCCCACCUCCCUCCUUCUCCUUAACUUCGUUCUAUUUGAUCCUUCCUCCUUAUCCUCCCCCUCCGACCUUCAUUUCCUUCUCCACCCCGCCGAUACCUUUCUCUCUUUAGGCGCCACCCGGCCUUCCGGUCAUCUCCUCUGCUAUCCAGACACGACUCGGCGGGUAUAUUGGGUACAACAUUGAGUGUGGGCUGUGCCAGACGCUUGUCAAACCAUUCGAGACCGCCCGUUGCAGUACGCUGUGUCGGACAGUGGGCUCACCUCCCAAGGACGCAUCUUGUCCGGUCUGAUCUCGCCUAUUUAUCAGCUUUCCUUUGUCUCGAUCCUCCCCUCAGCCUCCGCCCAACCUCGACCCGGAUAGUGUGCGCUACAACAUUCGACGUCACGCCAUAUACGUGCUGACAAAAAGGUAGUGGCGUGGUUGACUCAGGAGAAGAGACGGAGAAUUUCUCAUUCAGCACAAGAGGGUCGGCCAUAGUGAACCUACAAUCGGGUAGGAUUCGGGGUUGGUACGGUCGCCACUAGCGAGCGCUUCGGAAAUUCUUUAUGGCAGUAGACCGUUCAUAACGCUCUCUUUAACCAGCCUUCCGUGUCGCAUUUUGCUACUAUGGGACAGUCGGUUUCUGCGCCACGAGAUCCCUCUGACACUGGCCAUCCGGACUACGCGCCGUUCUCGAUAGACCACAACUCGAUUCUGAGGGAUGAAGAUAUGAACAACAGGCAACCUACUGAGCAAGGAGGUGAAGCGGGCUCCUCGUCCGGGAUGGAAUCGAAUCUACAAAACGGGCAAAACGGGCAAGAUCCGUCACAUGGUCAGCUACAUGAGCUGCCGGAAUCAUGGCAGCAGCCCAUACGAUACUCUGGGGGGUUCCCACAACAGAUGCGAAGCAUCGAAGAGGAGAGCACCGAACGUGAACCGAGCACGCGGGAAUAUCGGUCAGCAGCGAUUGCGCGGAUGGCGGCAAGGAGACAGUCCGCUAUGUCACGGCUAGGGUCCAGAAUUUUACCCAAUUCAGUCAUUCGCGGUCUUCUCAACAGCCAAGAGGAGACGCCGGCGGAAGGCCAUGCUCACAGGCACGGUCUGGUCUCAAGAACGCCCCCGCGGUCUGAAAGUGCUCACAGCAGUGGUCGUUUCAGCCCUUUCAGUGCCCUGGGAUCUAGAGGAGUUAUUCGCCGUCGCAACACCCGGGGCCCUUAUUUCAUUCCCCAACGUGCUGACUCGUCGGUAAUGUCGGACGCAGGCACAAGUUCCUCGCUUCUCGAUUCAUCUGCGGAACAAUUGGCAGAGUCCAGCCGCGCUUCCUGGCGGCGAGCCCGUCUCCAGCGCGUGCGUCAUUCAUUGUCAACCCCCAUCUCUCAUAUGUUUGGACAGCCUGCAUCAGAUAUUCCCUCUUCCCACCAAAGAAGCUCAUCAUUCAGUGGCGACCUUCCCAGUGCCAUGGAUACCCGUCUUGACUUUGGUGAGCCUCUGCCCGAGUUGGAUUCGGUCGAACCCGGUAUCCAACCAGACCGACCACUUUCGGCUCAUCAGACCAGUGCUGGUCUAGUGGGAUCCCGUGCACUUCCUAGCCUUCUCCGAGCACGAGCGGCUCGGGCUAUGCGGCGAGAAGAACAAACGCCUCUCUCUCGGGUCUUGCAGCUCGCUGCAGCUGCAAUCGCAGCCCAGCUCUCUGGCACAACUGGUCCUGCCCUACCAAAUAUUCAAGCGUUGGGUAAUGAAGGCGUAGAUGGCUCGCUUGAGAACUUUAUUCAAAGUUUGCAACAAGUCACGACCGCCCCAGCGCAGCAGUCAUCGUCGGCAGAAGAAGGAGCUAGUCAGCCUGGAGUCGAAACUCCAGCGGCUCCUGUGAAUUUCCUGCGAGUUUUUCGGUUCGCCAACUCCGACUCCCCUCUCGGUGCUGAGUUGCAGGCACGAGGUCCAAGUGGUUCUGAAAAUUCAGGUCCUCAAUCAGACGGAAUGUCCAUCGAUGAGCCCCCGGAAGGAGCCGAAGGCCGCACGGUCACCCUGGUUGUGGUAGGUGUUCGAUCAGUACCUGCGGGCAAUGGCGGCCAUGGUGAAGAGGGACCGCCAGCUCCCGGUGGCGCAGGAUUGGAUGCUUUGCUUGGGCUUCCGUUCUUGCCGCAGAACGCUAUUCCCCGACCCCCAGAGAGUGUUGGUGACCCCGCACAGCGGGCGGAUGCGCGAUCCAGAUUGCACGCGGCUCGUCAAGCUAGGCCCGGCGUUACUCCGCGAGAGAUCCUUCGCCAGCCGGGACCAAACAUCUCACGAAGAAUGUCAGACGCCGGACCUCGCCCUUUGCCUCCGUUCUAUCCGUUUGCUUCGGCAGCCCAGUCCGACAGCCCACCUGGUCCGCACCCGCCGCCAUCAACCCCCGCUGAGCCAGGCAUGUCAGCUGUCUCAUCUGGAACUUCGACCCCAAGUCGCAGGCCCUCUUCAGCUUCGACACUGUCGCCAACGCAUUUGCCCCAUCUUCAUGAGAACCAGCCCUUGCAACCAACGGCUGAGCCUUCAGAACAGUCUGCUCCACCUAGUGCUGCCAGACAGCGACGACGGAGCGAUUCGGAGUUUGCUCGCCAUCGCGCACUUGGCUCGGGAUCCCUUCGUCGAAAUGGCGUGGUUGAACCUGACCAACCGCCUCCAAGCGGUGGCCGAAGCUGGCUGAUCUACGUCGUUGGAACCAAUUUGUCGGAAAACCACCCGGCUCUGACAACGCCAAGUCUCUUCACCGAUAAUCCUACAUACGAGGACAUGAUCUUGCUAUCUUCACUCCUAGGCCCUGCCAAGCCCCCGGUGGCGUCUCAAGACGACGUCAACUCUGCAGGUGGACUCUUCCGCCUUGUUGAGUAUUCAGGUUCGUUGGUCGCGGAAUCUAUUAGUGGCGCUGGCGCAAUUCGGAUCCAAGACGGCGAGCGUUGUCUGAUCUGCUUGAGCGACUAUGAAGUCGCUGAGGAGGUCCGGGAGUUGGCCAAAUGCAAGCAUGUGUUCCACAGGGAUUGCAUUGACCAGUGGUUAACCACGGGCCGGAACUCUUGCCCUCUCUGCCGAGGUCAAGGUGUCCAAGAGGCGUCGAAUGACGAGGGCACAGCAGGAGUUGAGCCCGCUCCCAAUUCUGCUCCCGAGGGCACGGCCAUCUAAUCUUCAGAUUGGGGCCAGCAUAUAUGUGCAUCGAACUUCACAUUCUGAACAAACUCACCUACGGCCAUUGACCCUUCAUAACUCUACUCAUUGAACAUUAGCAUCCCAGCGUCUGCUUAGAGCCUUUACGACAUGUCUUCCUUGGAUAUCCCCACGGCAAUUUUUUCUCCUGUCGCGCUGCUUUCGGUCGAUUUCGUGUAUUGCUUGGUAUUUGUUUUCUCUCCAUUGGUCAUUGAAUCGAAGUUUAGAAAUUUUGCAAUUCUUUUGGAAAGCCACUAUCUGCUUUUGUGAGGCGUCUCGGUACAUUGUCUGCAAAUAUUGUCUUACUUGGUUGGUUGGACGGUUAGUGAUGAAGUAUUUGUUGAUAAAUCCAUCCUACUUUGUAAUUUUGUUCUUGGACAGUCGACAGUCCUAAGCUAAUCAAUACCAUUCUCGUUCUAGGUUUUAUUCUGAUGGUCCAUUUACUGUACCUUGUUCUCAAUAUUCUUUAACCUACUCCCACAUAAACCUACUCCCACAUAGAUUAUCUCCGUAGUCGG